AUGUCCAGCCCGCCAUCUCGUCUCAAGAACAUCCUCGGCCACCUAGGCCUUUCCUCAACACCAGCUCCGAAGAGAGAAGAGCCCUCACCAGCUCACCACAUUCACCAGCUUUCUCCAACUUUCUUCCUCGAACGUGCUGCCACCAUUGAGCCAGAUGCGGAGGCCAUCGUCCACACCACCGCAAAUAACAAACUCCUACGGCGAACCUAUCGUGACUUUGCCGAGCGAGCAACCGGCCUCGCAUACUACCUGAAGAAGCAUGGGUUCAAGAGAGUUGGUAUCCUGGCGCCAAACACCCCAGCUUUCCUCGAAAGCAUCUUUGGCAUUGCUUUGGCAGGCGGAGUCAAUGUCGCCGUCAACUACAGAUUGAAGCCUGACGACAUUACUUACAUAUUCGACUUCGCCGAGGUCGACUCAAUCAUCGUCGACCAAGAGUUCGUUGACCUCCUCGACGAAUUCAAGCAGAAGCGCCCAGGCGUUCCAUUCAUCAUCGACACCGACACCGACGCCGUUGAGGGAGAGUUGAGUGGGCCCUUUGACGAAGCCAUCCUGGAAGGUCUCCAGUAUGACCAAAGUCAUGGAAACAAGAAAUUCGAUGGCCUUCAAUCGCAUUGCACCAAUGACGAUGACAUGCUAGCCAUCCCCUUUACAUCAGGGACUACUUCCCGUCCGAAGGGAGUCGUUUACACCCAUCGAGGAGCCUACCUUGCGGCCCUGGGCAACGUGAUAGAGUCAGGACUCAACUCUCCCGACGGAAGACGCUGCAAAUACUUGUGGACAUUGCCUUUGUUCCAUGCGUGUGGUUGGACCUUUCCCUGGGCUGUCACUAUGGUCCGGGGAACGCACUACACGCUGAGGAAAAUCGAUUAUCCCCUCAUUUGGAAGCUGUUGAAGGAAGAAGGAAUAAGUCACUUCAACGCCGCCCCGACCGUCAAUACCCUUCUAUGCUCCGCCAAAGAGAAAGAAGUAUUGCCUCAGCCUUGCCGUGUUACAGUCGCCGCAAGCCCACCAAGCGGCUUCUUAUUCGAGCAGAUGACGAAUCUCAACCUUAUCCCAGUCCAUGUGUAUGGAAUGACGGAAACCUACGGCCCCAUUACUAAGGGCUACCACAUGCCGUCGUGGGAUAGCCUUCCUCCCAACGAGAAGUAUGCCAAAAUGGCCCGCCAGGGUCACGGCUUCGUGACGAGUCUCCCGAUUCGAGUGAUCAAACAAGAUCAGCCAGAGGGUGUUCUCAUCGACGUGGCGAAGGAUGGGAAGGAAAUUGGCGAGAUCAUCUUCAACGGCAACAUUUGCUGCAAGGGGUACUACAAAGACCCGGAGGCAACGAGAAAGCUAUUCGCGGGAGGAGCUCUUCACUCAGGAGAUCUUGCGGUGAUGCAUCAGGAUGGCGCAGCUCAGAUUCUGGACCGAGCCAAAGACAUCAUCAUCUCAGGGGGCGAGAACAUCUCUUCGGUCGCUCUCGAGGGCAUGCUCGUCCAACACCCUGACCUGCUUGAGGCUGCAGUCGUGGCUAUUCCUGACAGCCACUGGGGCGAACGUCCGAAGGCUUAUGUGACCGUCAAGGAAGGCAAGAGCCUACAGCCGGAAGACCUCAUCUCGUGGGCCAAGCACCAGAGCAACAUCAGCAAGUUUAUGGUGCCACGCGAAGUUGAAGUUGUGGAAGAUCUCCCCAAGACCAGCACUGGGAAGCUGAAGAAGAAUGUCUUGAGGGAAUGGGCGAAGCAUGGCCGGAAGGAAUAA